AUGCAACAGGCGCCGCUGAGGAAACCGGUGCUGUCGGCGGUUCGAGGACCAUAUUAUCGUCAUGGCAAGUACGAAAAGAUUAGUUGUCUGGCGUCACGGCGAAUCUUGCUUUCCACUUCUACCGGGAUGUCGUUCUCAGUCCCGACGUCGCCCGCGAUGACCCGCUCGGCUAAAGCCCAUCCUGUGACCCCCCAGCGCCUCCCAAAACACCAGUCAAUUUCUCAGUCCUUCUACAGGUCACCACUUACGCCUUCAACAAGCCCAUACACGCCUAUCAGCCUUCACUCUCUAGAUUCCACGGGUUCGUCGACUUUGACGACUCCCGACAAUAGCGGUAUCGGCGUCAGGAAGCGCCUCGCAUUCUCUGCCUUAUCUCCAGAGGUUGUGCGCAAUGCGAGCGCUGUCAAGGACAAGAGCCUUGCCGAUAUUGCAGAAAAUUGGAGGUCUCGCGUCAACGAGAACAACCAAAAGGUCUCCUACGCGCCUCAAGAUAAUUCUCACUACGCUGGUGACGAAUCCAGUGUUGUGUCUGAUAUCGACGACUCAAUCUUGACUACUGAGGAAGCACUGCUUGCCGCGCCAUUUCUGUCGACUCACAGAAGGCUGAGCAGCAUGCCAGUCAUCAGCAAUCGGCCUAGAGCUCAAUCCCAUGCGCCUCUCCCAUCUUUGCACGGCCCGCCAGUGUCGCCUGUCACCUCUCGCACUGUAAAAAAUACCUCGCAGGCAUCGUCUCCUAUUCAACACCGGCGCGCAUUGGCUUCUUUUAGUCAAUCUGCGAAUUUAAUGUCGACUCCACCUCCAAAUCGCACUUUAGCCAGGCAACUCAAGCUUAAGGGAAGCCUCACGGAUCCUCCUCAGCCGAGACGUCGUGAGGCUCUAGGAAAUAUUGCCAUCGGUUCCAACCAUAAUCUCAACAUGAGCCUGACUUUGGAGCCUGACACCUCCCUCGACCUCUUCGACAUCGGCGAAAAUGAUUUUGAAUACGAACAAGACUACCAGGGCGAGAACUCUUUUUCUCAAGACUUGCAAUCUCUGCACUGCAAUUCAUCCUUUGGAUACCCUUCAUUUACUCCUCAUGCGAGACAAGCGCAAUCGCAGGCUUUCGUUCAGGCAGGUUUCGCAGACCCGUUCCGGCCUGUUGGAACCGUCCAUGGCGUGCCGCCCCACAUGCUAAAUGGUAUCGCUGAGAGCGUCGAACACCACUUUCAUGCGACCCAGCAGCAACCUCACAAAUCUUUCUUCGAUGACAUCCAUCAAUCUGGACACCCCUUUUUCACCCCAGUUGGACAUCAUCCCGGUCAAUACAACCACGUCAUGCCUCAACCUUAUUCUGCUCCAGCGUUUGUUCCUAUCCCUCAUCCUCAGCUUCAUUCACUACAACCUACUCCGAUGCAUUUCAAGCCAGCGUCUGAGAGACCGGUCGUUUUCCCGGCUGUCGAAGUGGUGACCCCGGUUCCAUCUCCUGAAACUGCUCCAACGGAUUGUUCCGUCUGUCUUGCUUCCAAUCCCUCUUCUCUCGCUAUUUUGCAACCCUGCGGACACCCCCUAUGCUCGACCUGCCUGACUAGCGCUUUGAAUAUCGUCGGCGAGAAGGAUAUGCAGUGCGCUGUCUGCAAACGAAGCGUCGCGGAUUUCAAGCUAAUCGCUGGAAUGCCCAAAGGUCAGCCGAGUUCGAAAGGUGCAAAGCUUGGUCCUUCGCCGUCCGGCUUGACUGGCAAAUCCUUCAUGGAUACACUUUCUAGUUCCCCUUCUGGUUCAAUCAUAUUUGAUCCUGACAGCGCCAAUAAAGCGACCUCAGGAGACCUCGAUAGUGCUUUCGAAUUUGGCCUCGACUUUGGAGAACUCCGGGCUUCGACCCCCAGGCUCGAACAACAGCACGACCGUUUAAUGGAUGGCCGAUCACGAAUUUCUGUUGCGGGUGUGGGCAAGCGAAAUGCCAGGAAAGACGAAGACAACGUAGUCCUCAGAAUCGACAACGUUCCUUGGGAUAUCACGCCGAGUCAAAUUGUUAAAUGGCUUCAACAGCCCGUGGAGCGAGUACAUGUUCUCCUUGACGGCAAGGGCAAGACACUCAGCCACGCAUAUGUCGAAGUUGAUAAUGCAGCAAUUGCUGGUGCCAUCCUUCGAGGCGAGGCCGCGACGAGAAACUUGCUUGGUCGCAAGGAACGAGGUAGCGUCCUGGGUCGCGGUCGUCGUGCCCGUGGUGUCACAAUUACGAGAAGUGGACAGCAGGAGCUGAUGAGUGAUCUAUUCCCGCAUUGGCGUGGCAACUUCGAUGGAUCUCGUCCCUCUCUUGCUGGCCUCGAGAGCGAGAGGAUAAUUGGCGCCUUGGAAAGGGGAUUGCUGACCGACAACGAGAUUUCUGGCUUGUUGCAUCUCAUCAACGAGCCUGAUUCACACUUCCUCAAAGUUCCGUCGCUACCUUUCCAUUCCCUGAUCAGUAUCUUGAGCAAGUUCCCUACCGACGUCGAUAGUCGCGUGUUCUGGUCCGCGGGAAUUAGGGACCGCCUCUUUGAUGCAACAAGGGCUGCUAUCGAAGCCCUGAUGCCUCGUAUACAGAAGGCGAAGGAAGACGCAGCCAAGCCCCGUCAUGCAGAUGAAGAACACACGAUGGACCUUGCCGCUGAUCUUCUCCGUGCCGGCCUGGAGUGCAAAGCUUUUACGACCCAACAGGUUCAAGCCAUGAUGGCUCUUGCAGAGGCUCACUCACUGCCGCUGCCUCAAGCCCACGCCGACACCUCUCGCAACUCUAACGGUUCUUCAGAUGCUGGCUCGCAGAGUGAAUCAAGUGCACCGAGGACUCCGUCCAACUUGGACCAUUCUACCUCCAGUGUUGCCUCUACCCAGCAGAUGCAGACCCUGAACCAACCGACAAACGUGGCUUAUCCUUCCCUGGAUGAACUUGCAAAAGAAUUCGGCGUUGACGCACAGGUAGUGCAAGCAUUGGCCCAGCGGUUGGCCAACCUGUGA